AUGGCAGUCCGCUCGCCAGGAAGCGUGAUCCUGGCCCCCUUCCUCUACCCGACUCUGUUUAGGCCUCUCCAGACUCGUGUGUCUUGUCCCGCCCUCCGCCGCGCGCACUCGUCCUCGGCAACACCCUCAACUGUCAACGACCUUCCCGAGUCGCGCCUCAACCCCCACCCCGACGACUACACAGCGCCGUCCUUCGUCGACAAGGCCGAGCUGACCCUCCAGGCCGGCCGUGGAGGAAACGGUUGCGUCUCCUUUCAGCGCGAGGCAUUCUUGCCCGACGGACCCCCUAACGGCGGCGAUGGAGGCUUUGGCGGCAAUGUCUACAUCCAGGCCGCCCAUGGCGAGACCUCACUCCAUAAGCUCGCUCGCCGGCGCUUCAUCCGUGCUGGCCGUGGAAAGCACGGACAGGGAAGCGCAAAGGGUGGUUCCAGAGGCGAGGAUAUGGUGAUUACCGUUCCGGUCGGCACCAUUGUUAAGGAGUUGGAACGGCAGGAUCCCGCCGCCGAGGAGGCGCUCAACAUACAAGCUUGGCUGGCCAUGCAGAAGCAGAAGAAGAAGGAAGAGCGGUUGGCUGUAGAAGCCAAGGCGAAGCUGGAAGCAGAAGCUGAGGAAGAUGAAGUCGACGAACCGAUCGAGGCGGACGGCAUCCAUCGGAGACGGCAGAAGCAACUGGAGGAAGAAGAAGAGGAGGACUUGGGGCUCGACGAUCCUCAACGUCAGAAAUGGCUAUUGUACCCGGGCAUGUCCAAGUCCGAGAUGAAGAGCACAUCCUUCCCCAAGCUCCCACGACGCACACGACUCCUCCAACAACCGCCCGCUCCCGUCUACCUGGACCUCUCUCGUCCCACGCCGCAGCCCAUCCUGCUCGCCGCGGGCGGCAUCGGCGGCCUGGGCAACCCGCACUUCACCUCUCGACAGCACCCGCGGCCCAUCUUCGCCACCAAGGGCGAGGACGCCGUCUCCAUGAGGAUCUCGCUCGAGCUCAAGCUCCUUGCCGACGUCGGCCUCGUGGGUCUUCCCAACGCCGGCAAGAGCACCCUCCUGCGCGCCAUCACCAACAGCCGCACGCGUGUCGGCAACUGGGCGUUCACCACGCUGCAGCCCAAUAUCGGCACCGUCGUCCUGGAUAAGUACUCUGGCCGCCCUUCGGUCCAGAGCCAGAGAAAACCGGGCAUUCAGGACGGGCUCUUCGGGGAAGACGCGGUCGCCUCAGGCCCGCGAACGCGCUUCACUGUCGCAGACAUCCCUGGUCUCAUCGAGGGCGCGCACCUUGACCGCGGCCUGGGCAUCGCCUUCUUGCGCCAUGUCGAGCGAGCCGGCGUCCUUGCAUUCGUCGUCGACCUCGCCGCCGGUGACGCCGUCCGCGCGCUGCAGGCCCUGUGGCGCGAGGUCGGCUUGUACGCACAAAUGCGCGACGAGGAGGAGCGGGACCGCGAGAUCGAGUCCCGCGUCGACUGGGACCUCGCAGCCGAGGACAGCACCUCCCGUGGGCCCGUCAGCCUCAUGAACGCCGAGUUCGCCGGCCAGGACCAGGUAUCUCCGGUGCUGCACAUCGCAGGCAAGCCCUGGUUCGUCGUGGCUACAAAGGCAGACCUGCCCAGCACGCAGGAAAACUUCCGCCAGCUCAAGGCGUACCUCGACGACGUGACGAGCGGCAAGGCGGCGCACCCCAGCGGUGUCGAGGGCGCGUGGGCGCGAGACUGCGCAGCCAUACCAGUCAGCGCGAUCAACGGCCAGGGCGUGGACCGCAUCGUGCACUGGACGGUUGGGUUGCUGGACGAGUGA